ACAUCAAUGUUAAGAUCUAAGACAUGUUGCUCAUGUAAAAUGACAGAGCUCUACAACGUCUUCUGGGUCACUCUCACAAUGAAGCUGCAGGUCCUGGUUGAGCUUAGUCUCAUUUUGAGCCUGGUCUCUAAUUCAAAAGGUCUAGAAUGGGAAGUAAUUGUCAACAAAACAAUUAAUGCAACAAGCUGUGGAAAUGUGACUGUACCAUGUACGUUUAAGUAUCCAGACAGGCACCGUACAGAAAAUGUUCAGCUUUACUGGAAAUUGUUUCAGCCAAGUAAUUUUACAACUGACGACAACGACAAAAACGCAUUCCUUUUUCACGAGAAUAAAACAUUUGUAGUCGAGGAGUACAGAGGAAGGACCAGGCUCGUCGGAGACAAAAAGCAAAGAAACUGCUCCCUCGAGAUCACCAACAUCACGGCUAAUGAGACAAAAAUCUAUUUGAGAAUUAUCGCAAAAGACAAUUAUAGUUUCAUAAAUUACCCUGUCUCCAUUAUUUUGUCUGGUGUUAAACCAGACAUUAUUAACCAAAAUAUAACUCAAGAUAUUACAAGUCCCCCAUUCACUACUACUCAAGCUGAAACCUCGUCUUCAGUACCAUGGUAUAUCAUCUUUAUACCAGUCACUGCGAUCAGUCUGAUCAUCAUUUUUGUCAUUGGAAUUGUUUGUUACAAACUCAAAAGAUCAAAGUCUUUUACCAGGGAGGACUCUGGAUAUUACGCAAAUUUUAGCAGAGCAUCCUCAAACCAGGCCAAGAGAAAAGAAUUGGGCAAAAAACAAGACAACACAGAACUACCUGAACUGAAGGCCUUUGAUGAACCUGUCUACAUCAACCUGGAGGCCCCCGCAGGUCAGAUGGAACAACAUAUGGAUCAAAGUAUAGGUCAUACGGACAAUAUUUAUGCUAACAUGGAUUAUUCUCAAUAGUUAAAAAACUGUAUUUCACAACUCUAUUUGAACUUCCUCUUUAAAGCUAUCUUUGUAUUUUGCAUUGUUUUGCAUGUGUGUGUGUGUGUUUGUGUGUGUGUGUGUGUGUGGCUGGGUGGGUGUGCAAACGUGUCGUGUUGUUGAAUGCAUGAUGCCUGGAUUCUCUUAUCAUGAGGAACAAAGGAUGUAUUCCCUUACCUGAUUUUAUCAAAGAAAGACUAUGUAUCACUGCAAAACAAAGAACAGCUGGCUUACAAUCAUGACUUAUUUACUGAUAAAUGAUUUAUGGCUGCACAAUUUGUGAGAUGCCAGCCAGAUAUUGUUGUGGAUUUAUAACGUGUGAGCAUUGUAUGGUUCAUAAUAUGUUUGCAUGUUUUAUGUUUCUAGGCAAAAUCGUCUCUGUUAUCAGUUUGUAUGUUUUUAAUAAGGAAGUAAAGUACUGUGUAUCACAGCUGAGCUGACAAUGGUAGCGCCAGUUGACGGGAGCGCCAUUGCUAAGAGCAACUGAUUCACUAUAGUCAGUUCAGUUUGAAAGUUCAGCUUUAGGUAUUUGUUCGUACAUAUUUACUGGUCACAUAUUGUCAAGAAUAAACAUUCUUGACAAGCGUUAAGGUUCACAGUUCGUCCAGCUUACCUGCUUUUACAGCUGGUACAUCUAGCAAAUGUAUCUGGUGAACCUUUACAGUGUCAUGAUAGUACACAAUUUGUAAAAAAUUGGAAUUUGACCAUUGCCAAACAUAUGAUAUUCUUUAUUAUAUUAUACUGCAGUUUAACGAGCAUUGAGGAUGCUCAACUUAGUGCUGUGUUGGGCUACUGUAGGAUGCAGGAAGUAAUAUCAAGCAUUUAGCACAUCAGUUUUGCAAGGUGUUUGUAACAGCUCAACUGGAGUUCUGUUUUCUGUGGAACUUUUGCAUGAAAUCUUAAAAAGCCAGUCAAAAGGCUAGGGAGGAGUUAAAAGCUGUAUAACUUCACCUGACAAAUUUCAGGUUUGGUUAUGUCAGUUACUUCUAGUCUUUCUUAACAUGUUUGCCAAUUCACUUCCUGUCAUCUGUGCUGGGGCAGACACUUCUGUUUUUUUGUUGUUUUUUUUCCUGAGUUGGUCUCUUAUACAGAGACUAAAAUAUUAUUUGUGAUAUGACAUUUAAGUUAAGGACUGUGCUGAAAAUAAAGCGUUAAAAGUGUCAUCCCUUGUC